GUGGCAACGCCCCGGUGGAGAAGCUGAGGUCCACAUCAAAUUUGAAAUAUUUAAAGUGGAUACUAAACUGUGCCAGCAAUGCAGACAAUUAAGUGCGUUGUUGUGGGUGAUGGUGCUGUGGGUAAAACAUGUCUCCUGAUAUCCUACACAACAAAUAAAUUUCCAUCUGAAUAUGUGCCGACUGUUUUUGACAACUAUGCAGUCACAGUUAUGAUUGGUGGGGAGCCAUAUACUCUUGGACUUUUUGAUACUGCCGGGCAAGAGGAUUAUGACAGAUUACGACCGCUGAGUUAUCCACAAACAGAUGUAUUUCUAGUCUGUUUUUCAGUGGUUUCUCCGUCCUCAUUUGAAAAUGUGAAAGAAAAGUGGGUGCCCGAGAUAACUCACCACUGUCCAAAGACCCCUUUCUUGCUUGUCGGGACCCAAAUCGAUCUCAGAGAUGACCCCUCCACUAUCGAGAAACUUGCCAAGAACAAACAGAAACCAAUCACUCCAGAGACUGCUGAAAAGCUGGCCCGUGAUCUGAAGGCUGUCAAGUAUGUGGAGUGUUCUGCACUCACACAGAGAGGUCUGAAGAAUGUGUUUGAUGAGGCUAUCCUAGCUGCCCUCGAGCCUCCGGAAACUCAACCCAAAAGGAAGUGCUGUAUAUUCUAAACUGUUUUCUCCUUCCCCUCUUUGCUGCUGCUUCCUGUCCCACUACUGUAGAAAGAGCGUUUAAAAACAAAGGAAUAAAACCAUGCUGUUUGAAAGCCUCUGCGUCUUUUUACUCACCACCUUAGAGCAAACUCUGUAUUAGAUUUUGAUCAAGAAUGCAAUAUCUGAUAGAAUAUUUUUUGUGAUCAGUAGUUAAGUUGGACUUGUUUAACUUUCUGCUUCUUGAGUUGCCUGAUGCUCAGAGCUUUUUGGUUUGGAUCACUAUUGCAAAAGGGAACUUGGUCUGGCAUUAAGAAUGUCCUGUUGGAGAAAAUAAGAAGAGUGCUAACACUUCUAGAUCUCAGUUCUAGAUGGAGAAAGUAACACAAACAUCAUUUUACUUUUAUGAUCAAUUGUUAAUUGUAAUUGCAUGACAAACUUUAUGGAAAAAGGGUGACCCGCUAGUAGGGUGUAAUGGGGAAGGGAGAAUUCUUUCCUGGUUUUCCUUUGUGCAGUGAAACUUUGUGUUGCUAUUGCUUUGGCUGUCUGUGCUAUAGUGGAGUAUUUGUCAGUCUGGGAUGGGGAAGAUAUCGAUGUAUCUGCUACUGCUUUAUGAGUUCAUUUGUUACAUUAUCUUUUAAGAAUAGCCCCCAUUUUAACAGUUGACUUAAGGUUUGUUAAUGUUGAGAUGUAAAGCUGCCACCUUUAUAUUUUCCUGCUUCUGAUUUUAUUGUGAGGGAAACACAAUUGUGGUUACCUUCAAAUUUUGAAAUUAAAAAUAUACAAUUGUUUGUA